UUUGUUUUAAAAAGUUUACUUACACAUACUUUCUUAAUUAGAUCUAAGUUUAGGAUUAUAAUCUUCAUCAUCAUUAUUUGUUAUUAUUAAUCUCCAUAUUCAGAAAAUUCGAUUAAUAAAAAAAGAAGCUUACAAGAGAGUGCCCAUAUAAUUGGAAUAUCUCUCUCUCUAUCUUUCUUCUGAAUCUCUCAAAAAUUUCGCCAUUGUUGUUGCUCUGAAAUCUGUUAACUUUGGUGAUUUGAUUGCAUUUGCCUUUGAGAGUUUUAAUCUUCAAUUUUUGGCUACAUCGAGAUUUGGUUCUGAAUUUUGGCAUCUCUAUUAGUAGUGAGGCCAUUUCCUGAUUUGGAUCAUAAAGAGUGGAGAAAAAUCUUGCCUUUGUCUCCUUAGGAUUGUGGCUUGAUCAGGUAAUGAGACUAUGUGCUUCAAAAUUGAGACUUGUUUGGUGAAAGAAGCGGAUGAAAAAGUUUCUGUGUACAGCGAGAGGAAUUAGUGGUUUCUGCUUACGAAUGAUAUGAGAGGUUCUUGGUACAAGAGUGUUUCCUCUGUUUUUGGUCUCAGACCACGGAUCAGAGGGUUGUUAUUCUUCAUUGUUGGUGUUGUGGCUCUAGUUACUAUUUUAGCACCAUUGACAUCUAAUUCGUAUGAUUCUUCGUCAAGUUCGACACUUGUGCCGAACAUUUAUAGUAACUAUAGGAGGAUAAAGGAGCAAGCUGCUGUUGAUUAUCUUGAUCUGAGGUCUCUUUCUUUAGGGGCUAGUUUAAAAGAGUUUCCUUUUUGUGGUAAAGAAAGAGAAAGUUAUGUGCCUUGUUAUAACAUAACUGGGAAUUUGCUUGCUGGGCUUCAAGAGGGUGAGGAGUUAGAUCGACAUUGCGAGUUUGAAAGAGAGAAGGAAAGAUGUGUAGUUCGUCCUCCGAGAGAUUAUAAAAUACCACUUAGGUGGCCACUUGGUAGAGAUAUCAUAUGGAGUGGGAACGUGAAGAUUACCAAAGACCAGUUUCUUUCUUCAGGAACUGUGACAACGAGGUUAAUGUUGCUUGAAGAGAAUCAAAUAACCUUUCACUCGGAGGACGGCCUGGUCUUUGAUGGGGUCAAAGACUAUGCUCGUCAAAUUGCUGAGAUGAUAGGUUUAGGAAGUGAUACUGAAUUUGCUCAAGCGGGUGUACGGACUGUGUUAGACAUUGGUUGCGGAUUUGGUAGCUUUGGUGCUCAUUUAGUGUCUUUGAAGCUGAUGCCUAUAUGUAUUGCUGAGUAUGAGGCAACUGGGAGCCAAGUUCAGUUAGCUCUAGAGAGAGGCCUUCCUGCAAUGAUUGGCAAUUUCUUUUCAAAACAGCUUCCUUAUCCAGCACUGUCUUUUGAUAUGGUCCAUUGUGCUCAAUGUGGCACUACUUGGGAUAUCAAAGAUGCAAUGCUACUUUUGGAAGUGGAUCGUGUUCUGAAACCCGGGGGAUACUUUGUUUUAACUUCUCCCACAAACAAAGCACAGGGAAACUUACCAGAUACCAAGAAAACGAGCAUCUCAACACGGGUGAAUGAGUUAUCUAAGAAAAUCUGUUGGAGUCUAACAGCUCAGCAGGAUGAGACGUUUCUUUGGCAGAAAACUUCUGAUUCAAGUUGCUAUUCUUCUCGUUCGCAAGCUUCUAUACCUCUUUGCAAAGAUGGAGAUAGCGUUCCGUAUUACCACCCAUUGGUUCCAUGUAUAAGCGGAACCACGAGUAAACGCUGGAUUUCUAUACAGAACAGGUCUGCUGUUGCAGGAACAACCUCUGCCGGGCUUGAAAUUCAUGGAAAGUAUUUCUUUGGAUAACCACUUCGUUGUUUCUUUCUCAUUGUUUAAAUUUUACUUGAUACUUUCAGAAUUUAAUAUGUUGUUUUGGAUAUACUGAAUACAGGUUUAAAACCGGAAGAAUUCUUCGAGGAUACACAAAUAUGGAGAUCAGCUCUGAAAAACUAUUGGUCCUUGCUUACACCUCUAAUUUUCUCUGACCAUCCGAAGAGACCCGGUGAUGAGGAUCCUCUCCCGCCUUUCAACAUGAUACGCAAUGUGAUGGACAUGCAUGCUCGUUUUGGGAAUUUAAAUGCCGCUUUACUCGACGAAGGAAAAUCUGCUUGGGUAAUGAACGUCGUCCCAGUCAAUGCACGUAAUACUCUUCCUAUCAUACUUGAUCGUGGUUUCGCCGGUGUUCUACAUGACUGGUGUGAACCAUUCCCGACAUAUCCUCGAACAUAUGACAUGCUUCAUGCCAAUGAACUUCUCACACAUCUUAGCUCAGAACGAUGCAGCCUAAUGGACUUGUUCUUGGAGAUGGACCGGAUUCUUCGCCCUGAGGGAUGGGUUGUUCUAAGCGACAAAGUGGGAGUAAUCGAGAUGGCUCGAGCACUUGCAGCUCGAGUGCGUUGGGAAGCAAGAGUCAUUGAUCUUCAAGAUGGUAGUGACCAAAGACUUCUCGUCUGUCAAAAACCAUUCAUCAAAAAAUAACUCAAAAGCAACAUCAAAAUAUUAUAUGCUUCUUUCACCAUAAACAACACUCACUACACACAGUCUUUUCACUGGUAAGUUCUCUCUUACUCUCACAGUCAAAAUGUCAAAUCCUGAGCUUGUAAGUAAUCAAAAUCUUAUUUGUUUUUAUUAAAACAGAUCCAAAUUAUGUCUCCUGCAAAUUCUGGAGAUAAAAUCAAUAUUUUUGUUGUUGCUCGGAUGGCUUUUUAAAACUUGUGAAGGGGCUAUGUAGUAAGUGGAAGCUGUAGAGCUAUGAGUAGAAGAAAGAGUUUAGAUUCAAUAUUCUUUCAUUUUUCUUUUUGUCUAUCUUUCUUUAAUUUUUGAUAUUGAACAAAAUUGUAGCUAUAUAUAUAUUUUUCAUUCAUCCAAUUUUUGUUUGCUCUUUAAUUUUGUAAACGAGAUUGUUUCUUUUUAUUUUAUUUUCCACUAUGCAUUUUUUUGAAGUUUUGAGAUGUUUAGUACAAUUGAGUUAUAUACAUGAAAUAUCAUGAUGUUUGUCUUG